GCUCCUGCUCUCCUCCUGCUUCGUGUCUGCGAGCUCCAGUCUCAGCGUCUCUUCCUGCAGUCCUUCUCCCUGACUCUCUCGCCACCAUGAUGAAAAGCUCCCGGCAGACCACCUACUCCGUCCGCUCCUCCGCCAGCUCCAGGGCCCCCGCCGUGUCGGUGGCCCGCACCUCCGCCCCCGUCUACCGAGCCUCCAGCAUCCACGGCGGCGCCGGCGGCUCCCGCAUCAGCGUGUCCUCCGGGCACAGGACCCUGGCCAGCGGCAUUGGCCUGGGCUCCGCGGCCGGGGGCUUCUCCGGGGGCAUGCAGGUGAGCGGCAACAGCGCCGACAUCAUGGGCAACGAGAAGUUCGCCAUGCAGAACCUGAACGACCGGCUGGCCAACUACCUGGAGACGGUGCGCACCCUGGAGCAGGCCAACCACAAGCUGGAGGUCAAGAUCAAGGAGGCGCUGGAGAAGAGCGGCCCCGACUUCAGGGACUACAGCAAGUACCAGGCCAUCAUCGACGACCUGCGGAGGAAGGUGUUCGACGCCACCACCGACAACGCCCGCCUGGUCCUGAACAUCGACAACGCUCGCCUGGCGGCCGACGACUUCAGAGUGAAGUUUGAGUCCGAGCUGGCCAUCCGCCAGUCCGUGGAGGCCGACAUCGUCGGGCUGAGGAAGCUCAUCGAUGACACCAACAUGAGCCGCAUGAACCUGGAGAGCGAGAUCGAGGCGCUGAAGGAGGAGCUCAUCCACCUCAAGAAGAACCACGAAAACGAAGUCAUGGAGCUCCGCAACCAGAUCGCUCAGUCCGGAGUCCACGUGGACGUGGACGCCCCCAAGGGCCAAGACCUGGCCCAGAUCAUGGCGGAGAUCAGAGCCAAGUAUGAGAAGAUGGCGCUGAAGAACCAGGAGGAGCUCAAGGCGUGGCACGAAUCUCAGAUAACAGAAGUCCAGACACAGGUGACACAGAACACAGAGGCCCUCAAGGGCGCCCAUACAGAGGUGAACGAUCUCCGCAGACAGAUACAGACCCUGGAGAUCGAGCUGGAGUCACAGAAGAGCCUGAAAGCCUCCAUGGAGGGCACGCUGAGGGACACGGAGAUGCGCUACAACAUGGAGAUCGAGUCCCUGAACACCAUCCUCCUGGGGCUGGAGUCGGAGCUGACGCAGCUGCGCAACAACAUCCAGCUGCAGACGCAGGACUACGAGGCGCUGCUCAACACCAAGAUGAAGCUGGAGGCCGAGAUCGCCACGUACAGGCGGCUGCUGGACGGGGAGGACUUCAAGUAAGCUGCAGGACGCUCUGGACGAGAGGACCAGCAAGACCACCAAGGUGAUGACCGUCACGCAGACCCUGGUGGACGGCAAGGUGGUCUCCUCCAGCACAGAGACCAAGAACCUGUAAACCCCGGCAGAACCGACCAGACCCCCCUCUCCGACACUAACCACAGAUUACAGUUCCUCCCUAGUCAGACGACACUAACCACGACCCUCCGCCGCCGUGAUUAGCCAACCCCCCCCACCCCGGGUAGACGGCUGCAGCACAGGCUGACCAAAGACUGGAUGAGAGGAGAGCAGGGGCCGUCUUUUAUUUAUUUCAUCGCAGUUUAUUUAUAUGAUGGUGUGCGGAAGUUUACUAAAGUUUUGGAAUUCGGGAGUCGUGAGCUUUUACAGACAAAAUUGAGGAAAAUUACAAAGCAACGUUAAGGGCCAACAUAGAAGCAAAUUUCUUUUUAUAUAUAUAUAAAUAUAUACACAUGGUUUGUUGUGUGUGUUUCUCCUUUCAUCCAGUUGAGUCCUCCGGUUGUGCUGCCGUCUUCAGAUGUUUCAAUAAAGAUGAUUUGAGAAGUU